AUGAGAACCUCGUUCUCGUCCAUUCUUUUCAGCCUUUGGCUUCUUUGCCUUGGCGUACUCGCACAUGACGAGUCAUGCGGUUGCACCGUCAAGUACAUUGUCGUUGAGAUGCCUAGUCAGACAGUCGCUGCUCAGACCAAGACUCCGACGAUUACUUCUGUGCAAACCAAGCCAACUAACAUUCGAUCUAAGCCCAACCAGACGACUGUUCGUGCAUCUUCAACUUCCGCUCAUCACAACACAACGGCGACAUUCCUUCCUAAGCCUCCCGCAAAGGUUGACUUGAGCAACCCCGAAAAUGCGGUUCCCAAGAAGAACAUCUCCAUGUCUUAUGGUGAUGUCGAGAAGCCCCGCAACCAGACCUUCCCCGCGCUUAACACGACUGCUCCUAAGGGGGCUAUCGACAUGGACCUCGUUAUGAACCAUCCAGCUGUUGUUCUAGAUCACAUCGAAGCCAUUGUCUCGGUCGAAUGCACGGUCGAUUCAGUCAAGGUCCAGUUCGGAAAGUCUGCUGCUUUCGAGAAGGCCAUUGAUACUUGGUCAGAUGACGAGCCUUUUAUUCUCAUCACUAACAACAUGGGCAAUUGCAAGACCGACAUUGGCCAAGCUUUCUAUCUCGUGGAUGGUGUUACUACAGACAAGGGCGACAAGAUGAUCACUUGCCACGCUGCCGAGCAAGAGCUGGCUGACAUCGCGGAAACCUGUGAAAUGUCGUUCACCUCCAUCCCUGCCACCAAGUUGACGAAGCGCCUUACACUGAACCCCAGUCUUUCUCUCAACUUCGGUACUGGUCUCGAGAGAGAUACCGUUCUUUUCCAAGAACAACCAUGGGUGACCAUCAAGGCCGAGAAGGCAGAGUUCUCUUCCACUGUCUCCUUCUCUGGCCGCGCCAAGUAUAACUUCUGGCGUUUCAAGAUGGAACAUCUUUAUUUCGAUCUCGAUACUCAUUUCUCAGCCGAUGUCGCCUUGGCCGCCGACGUAGCUGCAGCCUGGUCUCGAUCUAUCCUCUACGAUCCCGAUACUCUCACAUACACCCUCGUCGAAGUUCCUGGCAUCCUCUCUCUCGGACCAGGCCUGGCGUUCGCUGUUGGAGUCGAUGUUGAUACCUCAGCUGCCGUUGCUGUCAGAGCUGGCGCCGGUAUUGCUAUCCCUGCCGCAAACGUUCAUCUCGAUUUCCUCGACUCGGGCAAGAAUGCUGCUACUGGCUGGGAGCCUCAGUACACAUCUUACGCCAAUAUUACCGAGAGCGUUGAGGUCGGCUUGAACGCCAGUGCAUCGCUUACUGUUCAACUCACCUUCAAGCUUCUCGGUGGUCUGGUCGAUCUUAGCAGUGGACUUACGGCCACUCCUGAGUUCGUCAACAAGUUCACUCUGGACGCAGCGCAAUCCGCCCAUGCUUCGAACGCCGGUGCUGGAGUCAACCUCUUGGAUGCCGAGAAGGUGGCUCCUGCCACGACACCUGGCUCGGAAAUCGCUGUCGUGAACGAGCCCAAGGACUGUGGUGUUUCUUUUAAGUCCGACUUCAUCUUUGAUCUGGAGGGCUUUGCGACGAAGUGGUGGAAGGCUAAUCUGUAUCAUGUUGAGGUCCCCAUUACAGAUGUUUGCUAUAAUUUCCAGAAUUAA